AUGAGGACGGCAUCAAGGGUGCUCAAGAGCGCCCAUUCUGCGCGCCAACUUCCAGCCUCUCUCACCCCCAGAAGCUCACUUAGACCAUUUAGGUCACUGAGUGGACUCGCGCACUCCUCCAGACCUAGCAUAAGACCUUGCACGACUCCAAUAGCUCUCACCCUGCCUCGACAACUCCUCUCAACUACCUCCCCUCUACGCAAUGAGUCAAAGCCAAAAGAGGAGCUAAAAGACGAGCCAAAGCAAGAAGAGAUCGAGCUCGAAUAUGAGAUCGACGAAGACCUCUCAGAACGCAAAUGGUCUACUCCCCUAGCCAAGACCAUCGCCGAGGCGAUCGAGGUCACCGGCCCGAUCCCCCUCGCCAGCUACAUGCGCAUGUGCCUGACGGCCGACCUCGGGGGCUACUACACUGGCGCCCUCCCCGCCUCUGAAGCCAACCCCGAGCGCGAUCCGUUCGGCGCAGCAGGCGACUUCGUCACGUCUCCCGAGAUCUCGCAAGUCUUUGGCGAGCUGUGCGGGGUGUGGUUCGUAGCCGAGUGGAUGGCGCAGGGGAGACCUGCUACGGGCGUCGAGCUCAUGGAGCUGGGCCCCGGGAGAGGUACGCUGAUGGAUGAUAUGCUCAGGACAAUGCAGCGGUUUCCGGGGAUAGCGAAGGCGCUGGAGAGGGUUUAUCUGGUGGAGGCGAGUCCGCAGCUAAGGCAGGCGCAAAAGAGGUUGCUUUGUGGGGAUGAGGCAGUACUUGAAGGGUGUGAGGUCGGCUGGAAGAGCAGGAGCAAGUAUGGAGGGGUUGAGAUUGUUUGGACGGAGAGUAUUCGGGCUGUGCCGAUGGACCCCUCGAAAACGCCCUUUAUCAUCGCCCACGAGUUUUUCGACGCCUUGCCUAUCCACGCCUUUCAGCUUGUCUCCGUUCCAGCAUCCUCCGAUGCCAAACCCUCCCCCAUCAUCACUUCAGUUUCUUCCCCAACCCCAUCCCCUCCCCAAAACCCCAACCUCCAAUGGCGCGAACUCCUCGUCUCCCCAACUCCCCCCGGUUCAACCCACGCUUCUUUGAACACCCCCCUCUCCGAACGCUCCUCCCCCGUCCCUGACUUCCAACUAACCCUCUCGCCCUCUCCCACCAAGCACUCCCUCUACCUCCCGGACUCAACCCCGCGCUACCGCCGCCUCAAAUCCCUACCCCCUCAACAAGCCCUCAACGCCACAAUCGAAAUAUGCCCCGACCUGUUCAGCCACACCACCAACAUCGCGCACCGAAUCGGCGGGCACCCAACACUGAACCCAAAACCCCAUCCCAGUGGUGCGGCACUAAUCUUGGAUUAUGGCCCCGGCGACGGCUCCAUUCCGACCUCCACGUUGCGAGGCAUCCGCCGGCACCGCCGCGUCAGUCCUUUCUCCGAGCCCGGGCUAGUCGACCUCUCCGCGGAUGUAGACUUCCAAGCCAUCGUCGACACGGCACUGGACGCGAGCGAAGGGGUCGAGGUGCACGGCCCUGUGGAACAGGCUUUCUUUUUGAGGGCGAUGGGAAUUGCGGAGCGGGCGGGGGAGAUUGUGAAGAAGGUUGAGGCGAUGGGGGAUCAAAAGAAGAAGGGAGAUGUGGAGAGGGCGUGGCAGAGGUUAGUAGAUAGGGGGCCGGGGGGCAUGGGGAGGGUGUAUAAGGCGUUGGCGAUCGUGCCUGAGGCUGGGGGGAGGAGACGACCUGUAGGAUUUGGGGGGGACGUCGUAGUUUAG